AUGGUGAUCUCCGAGGUGGGAAUCUCGGCUCGGGCCCAGGCCAAGAUCGACAGGCUGGCCGACCUGGAGCAGCGGGUGAAGGAGAAGCCAUGGACAUUCAUGGGCCGGGUCACGGACCUGCGGCUUCUCGAGUCCAUCGUGGCGGAGCAGUUGACGUGCUGCCACAACGACUUCAAGAACGGCGGCGAGUCCGAGUUGCGGCGGGUAAUGCAUGUCUGCUGGCAGCUCAAGAUCGAGAUGGAGGACGCCAUGGACGAGAAGCUCUUAAAGGGAGGCGACGUCCUGAUGGUGCAGAAGAUGGAAGCCAUCGCCGUGCUGCUAGACGGGGUAAUACACGUCGGAGCAGCGGCGGCCCUGAGCCAGAAGAAGCGGGACAUCCAGGAGAAGGUGGGCCAGCAGCACUUGCGUGCCGCAAAGCAGCUGCUCGACCAGUGGCCCUCCAGAGAUACCGCGGAGGAUCAGGUGAAGCUGGCGGGCAGGGUCGGCGGAAAGCUGCAGGAAGCGCACUUGUUCGUGCUCGAGGUGCCGUCACGGCUGGAGUCUGACUUCAUGCUGCAGGCCACAGUGCUGGCGACGCAGAUGGAGAACAGCGUCACUGGAGUUCUUCAGAAUUAUCCGCCAGGCCUGCUGGCGAUGGACAAGACGGCGAGUUCGCUUGACCGCAUGUGCCUGAGGCUGCAGAGCGGGGCCUCCUGGCAGAGCCUCCACCAGAAGCUGCAGGAGGUGAAGAUCCGCCAGGGCGAGGUGGAGAUCCCGCGCCUGCUCGACGAGGUGGAGCAGGAGCUUGGGAGCGCCGGGGCGUGCCUGGACCUGCCCAAGGCAUUCAAGCUGCUGGAGGGCAUCGUGGCGAUGUCCUCCGACGCGAUGGUGGAGACCACGCUGGAGAGGCUGGACCGCUGCUUCGACGACUUCCAGGCCAAGAUCACGCCCAUGUUCGACGCCGCAAUUUCCGAGGGCGACGACACCAGAAUGGACGUGCUGAUAGAGCUCGCGGAGGACGCCGAGAGGCUGCGCGCGGCGGUGCGGAGCGGGCAGUCGCCCUCGACGCGGAAGUCUGGCGCCACCAACGCUUCAGGGGUCUCGCUGGCCAUGAAGACGAAGAAGGCGAAGCUGGGCGUCUCCGUGCACUCCUGA